CGUCCGGCGGAUCUCAACCUCUGAAUCCAACCCCCGUGUCUUCUCUCAUCCUUCCCCUCUCCCCUUCUCGCUCACCCGGGUUGCUUUCUCUCCGGAGCCGCGGGAGCUUCUACGUCUUCUUUCUCUCGACUUCGGCCAACAGUUUGCUCUUUUUGGAUUUGGGUUUUUCUUCUUGGACGUUUUGACGAGUACUCGCUGCUGAUUUCACUCAGCACUGCUCCUCGCUGCUGCCGCUGCCGCCGCUGCUGCUUCUGCCGCCGCUGCCGCUUUUACGCACCGACGCUUAUUUUGGAUUUGCUCGGCAGCACCGCUGGAGAAAAACAGAGAAAGACAAUAAGAAGCAUAAAGCGAGGUGGAUCCGUGGAUGCGCCCCUUUGGCUCACGCUGGAGAUGGAAACGCUGAUAUUGUUAUUUCAUUCCCUGUGGAUAUUGCAAUGCAACACUGUGAGCGCCGACUCCAUCAUUCACAUCGGUGCGAUAUUUGAGGAGAAUGCAGUGCAGGAUGAUCAGGUGUUCCAGCUCGCCGUGUCUGACCUCAGUCUGAACGACGACAUCCUGCAGAGUGAGAAGAUCACACACUCGAUUAAACUCAUCGCGCCCAACAACCCUUUCCAGGCGGUGCAGGAAGCCUGUGAGCUGAUGAACCAGGGCAUCCUGGCGUUGGUGACCUCUACUGGCUGCGCCUCAGCGAGCGCCCUGCAGUCCCUGACGGACGCCAUGCACAUCCCACACCUGUACAUCCAGAGGAACAGCGAAGGAUCUCCUCGCACUGCCUGCCAGUUCAACCCGAGCCCCGGCGGGCAGCGCUACACGCUGGCCGCCCGGCCGCCCGUACGCCUCAACGACGUCAUGCUGACGCUGGUGGAGGAGCUGCGCUGGCAGAAGUUCAUCGUGUUUUAUGACAUCGAGUACGAUAUCCGCGGCCUGCAGGGUUUCCUCGACCAGACGUCCCGCCAGGGUGUCGACGUGGCGUUGCAGAGAGUGGACAGGAACAUCAGUAAAAUCUUCACCAACCUCUUCACCACCAUGAGGACCGAGGAGCUCAAUCGGUACAGAGACACACUGAGGAGAGCCAUCCUGCUGCUCAGCCCACACGGAGCGCACACAUUUAUCCAGCAGAUUUGUUUCCCCGUCAAGAUGGUCCUCGUGGGACACGAGAGAAGGACGGCAUCGCUAAUGAAGUGCAGGAAAGGAGGCGAGAGGAGAAUUCAAGAAAAGGAGAAACCCUCUCCGCCUCCAUAG